AUGGGUGACAAAUCCAUACUAUUACUGUGUGGGAGAUUGUUGCUGCAAUUUGUGGUGGACAUAUACAUUAAGAUAGAAACAACCAGACUAGAAUAUUAUAGAUUUGAGCAAUCAAAUUAUCGAAGGGAGAUACUCCAAGGUAUUGUUGAUAGUGUCAGUGACGGUGAGUGUAGAGGAGACAAGGUAGGACAAAGGGUAUUGCUACCAGGAUCGUUCAUUGGAGUCCCUAGGGAUAUGCGACGCCGGUAUAUGGAUGCAAUGGCUUUGAUUCAGGAGUUUGGACGAUCAGAUCUUUUCAUCACCAUGACAUGCAACCCAAAUUGGGUUGAGAUUCGCAACACAUGUUUUUAUUGUAGAAUUCCAGAAGAGAGGCUUACCGCAUAUACACCUACUUCUAAUAUUUAA